AUGAAUAAUAAAAAAGAUAAGAACGAGAGUAUUCAGACUGUAACAGCUCUCAGGAACUCCUGGGUAGUAUGUAAAUCUAAAUCGCACGCUGGACACAUAUAUUAUUUUAAUACUCUUACCGGUGAAGCUGUAUGGAAUUUAAGUGAUGCAGAAAUUGAAAAGGCCAACAAAAGAACUAAAAUUCUUCAAAGUCAGCCUGGAUCUAACUUAGAAUCUUGUCCGGAGCCUAAAGAUCCUCCAACCGAUAGUGUAAUGACAUAUAAGAAGGAUAAUUCUCAAGAAUCUGUCAAUUAUCCUCCAUCGUAUAACAAUCAUAUUAUGAACAAUCCAUACCCUAAACAACAAUUUCAAAAUACUCCAUUUAUAAACACUCAAUGUUUUAAUUGUACUUCACAUAAUGUAUCAGACUCAAAUUGUGUUUCUAUGGCUACACCACCAACAAUUAACCCAAGUAUCUGGGCAAUUCCACCUAAUCAUCAAAUAGUUAUUGCUCCAACUACACCCUUAAUCAACCAAAGUCAAUCCCCGUUUGAAAUGGCCUAUAGUAAUUUGCAACAUGUCCCAAAAAACAACCAAUCAUUGCUUCAUAUGAGGAGAUCAAAUCUUCCAUAUAAACACCAGAACACUAGUAAAAACUAUAGAUGUAAUAAUGUAUAUAAUAAAUUCAAUCAAAGAAAAAACUUUAUGAAUUUUAACUAUCAGCAAAAAAACAGUUCACAAUUUUUUAAUGAUGCUUGUGGGCCAUCUACAUCUAGGGAUGAUCUACGUCAAAAAUUGGCUGCAAAAAGAUGCAACUAUGGUAAAUUAAAUGGAAGUGACAAUCAAGGUAAAGGUAGUUAUUCAUUUAAAAGUGCAAGUCAACAAAGAAGUCCUGAACCCAAAAUACAAAUAAUUAAGUCAACUACAAAAGAGUUGUGCCCCUUUGAUGAAGAUGAUAAUUGGUUGAAGGAGCAUGCAUAUGUGGAAGGAACUCAAUUAAAAUUAAAUGUAACACCUCUAAAAAAUAUUGUAAUGUUAGAUGAAAAGGGUUACUGGUAUAUUGUUGCAGAUUCAAACACUUUACUAGAGCACUUUAAACUUAUAAACGUAAUAGUGAACUCUGAUGAGCAAUGUCAAUUGAUGGUACCCGAUGAUAUAAUGGCGGAACUACAAAUGAAAAGUCGAUCUGAUGACACUCAACUCAUGAGCCGCACACAUUCUGUUUUGCAGUAUCUAUCACAUCAGUUUAUCACAGGUGGUGCUGUUAUAGGGAAAGAUUCAACGAACGAUUCAAACAAUAUAUUAGAUUUUACAUUAAAAUUAGCAGAACAGAAUCAUAAUGUUGCUCUGUUUUCCAACUACAUUGAAAGAAAAGAAGGUUAUAAUAAUAUCGGCAUUCCAAUUUUUAUGAUUCAAGAUAUCAAAGAAUUAUUAGAAAACAAAUCUAUUUUAAAAAAUCAAUCAGAAACAAGUCUUAUAAAUAUAACAAUCCACAAUAAUACCUCUAAUGAAAAUAACUUUAGUGAUGUUACUUCCCAAAAAGAAACAAACGAAAAUGAAGUGAAUAUUGGAAAACAUACUUUGGAAAUGGGCGUCCAAACAGAAUUUGAUUUUACAGAAGAUAAAAUUGAAAAACCUGCUACUGUCAACUUUAACAAAAACUCUAUUGAUACAAACCACACAUCGAUUCAACCAAGUGGGCAGGUCAGAAAUAUUUCACAUAAUUCUGACUCAGAUUGUAAAACUGUAACCCCUGCUAAAAGACGGGAGAUUCGAUUAAAGCGUAAUAUACCACAACAAUUACCAAGUAUCGCUGAAAAUAAUACAGAGAAAAAACAUUACAAAUGGCGAAGACGAAAAAACACAGUUGUAGAAACACCUACGGAAUCAAAUGAAACAAACACAGAUGUUGCUAACACUGUUGUUAAUAAACCGAAUGAAUUAACAACUUUAGGUAUUGAUGAGACUCCAAACGAUCCCUCUUUUUGCAAUCGAUUGGAAGAAAAUAAUCAAAUAAUUACAGAAAAUUAUGACGAUAAUUACAGUGAUACUACAAAUGGUCCAUGUUUCAGUUACAAAGACAUUACUAAAAAAACAAUUGUUGAUGAAACUUCUACUUCGGGUAUUAUUUCAAACACUGCAAGUAAUGUCGACUCUGAAAGUUUACAUAGUUUAAAACAAAAUGUCUCAACAAAUGACAAAUAUAAUGAUCAGGAAACUAAUAAAUGUGUCAUGUUCGAAGUUGAAAAUACAAUAAUGGAAGAACGUUUACAAAUGAGAACGGAUGAAUGGUUAUCUAGAUUUGUUCAAAUAAUGGAAGAGAUACUAACUCAAAUAUUGUGUCUAAAUCCGUCAUUUAAUCAUCGCAGUUUACCACCUCCGUGGACAUUGCAUGAAGCAACAGAAUGCAUAAAGAAAAAGUUUCACGCAGAUUGUGAUAUAAGGGAUGCUGCAAGCAAACUAACAGAAAUAUUAUACCACAAUAGUAACGAAAGGGGAGUCAUAAAUGCUAGGUUAAAGCCAAGUUCAUUCAUGGAAAUGUAUAGCUACGGCGUGUACUUGGUAGACUCUUUACAGACAGCGAUUGACAAUUGCGAAGAUCUUCAAAUAGCAGCCGAUUCACUUGCCAAAUUAUUAGCUGACAUUCAGAGUGCUGACAGUUACGGUGUCAACAAUGAUUCCUUCAACGAUAACAUUGAAGAUCCAUCUGCUAAUGUUACAUUCUGUGGUAGUGCUACUAGCACUGAGAAAGACAGUACUUGUACUAGCAAUAUAACAAAAAGCAACAUUGUUAUAUCAGAUAACAGAUCUGGUGAACUUAUCGCAAAAAAUGGACGUAGUUAUAAUCUGAGAUCCAACCAAAACAAGUCUGAAGAAAAAAUAGAAUCGCCACCGUGCGUAAAAUUUAUCAGAACAAUAGAUAAAGAGGCAACAUUUUUUUCGUGUUUAAAUCUUCAACGAAAACAAUCUAAUAUUUUGAACGAAUCUGUCGAAAAUUCCGUAGAAGAAGAUAUUAUAGAAAAUCCAAACUAUUCUACUUCAAACCAGAACACCACAGAGCCUAAAAUUAUUAGACGUUUUAAUAUAGAUGCAGUAUUUGAAGAGCGCCUUCGUAGUAAACAAAGAGAAGUGUUAGAUCUAGACUCCUUAGAUUACACUGAGGAUGAAUAUUAUGAUGAUGAAUACUAUAAUUACGAUUAUUAUAUUAAUGAUAACGAAGAUUUGCCCGAUAUGAAUAUCGAUCAUGACGACGUAGGAAAGCUUGAUGAAAAAGAUGCUAUUAACGACUCUCAGUGGGUUAUAAAUAAAACUGUACAUGAAGUGCAACAGGUUUUGCUACAAGUUCGCGAUUUUUGCAACAAUACUCGUGAAGAAUUGAUUGCAUCUCAACCAUUAAGUCCUGACAGAAGACAAAAAAUUCAAGAACGAGCAGAAAAUGCCCGAGUGCAUCUUAAUAAUUUGUUCGAAUCUCUAAACAGUAUUUACAAUCGCGAGGACAUGGAAUGCGGUGCUAACAUACUCACAAUACUUAAUGAGGCUGGCGUUAGUCUGGAUUCCUGCCAGGCGGCUGACUAUAGGACAGUCAUUGGCAAAAGAAUAGAACAGGGGUUAUUUCUACUGGAGUCGGUCAACAUUGUGCUGGAAGCUGUGACAUGUGAAUGA